GCUUCAGACAGCAUAUCCCAUCGUUGAGAUACGCAUAACUGGAGAGCUCGCGUUUAUUUUCUAAUUGACCUACAGACAUGGCCUUCGGGGUCAAAGUAUCUAAGAAAAUUCUUUUUCUUAUUAGUUUAUUAUUUUGGUUGGCAGGAGCGACGUUCACGUAUGUCGGCUCUUAUUUCAUAACGAGCUAUAAGAAUUUUGAAGACUUCAGGGUUGACGAUUAUGGCCUUGUCCCUGCAAUCAUCAUUCUUGCCGUGGCCGGAGUCAUGUUCUUAAUCAGCAUAAUUGGCUGCUGUGCAACUCUGAAGGAGUCUAAAAUUGGCCUAGGCUUUUUCCUACUGAUCAUCUUGCUGAUCUUUGCUGCGGAGGUCACUGCCUUAGUGUUUGGCUACGUGUACAAACCAUCAAUAAGUGAAGGCUUGUACGAUUCAGAGUAUGAUUUUUUUGAUAUGUACGAUGGCUAUAAUUCACAAUCCAAAGCAGUGGAUUACUUGCAGACUCAGCUGCAAUGUUGUGGGUUAACUGACUACACCGACUGGAAAAAUUUUAGAUGGUACUAUGAUCACAAAACUGUGCCUGAAUCAUGCUGCAGAGCAAACGAACCGUGUAGUGGAAAAUUGGAACAGCCACAUCUGCUAAAUACUGGUGGAUGUGUAGAUAAAUUGCAGCAGUUGCUGCAGGGUGUGCUGAAUUUUGCCCUGCUUGUCAUCUUGGGAUUUGCCAUCAUAAAGUUCUUAGGCAUUUUAAGCAUUUCUUUUAUCAUCUGCCGAAAACCCGGAAAUGACUACCAAACACUUUAUGCGUAAAAGGUUCCAUAAAGCUUCUUCAUUAUCAAUAAUGAAGAUAGUCAGACAUUUUUCAUAAUCUCAUCAGUGACAAUACUAACAUUUCACACAUUUGUUUUUCAUGGCUUAGUAUUUUAAGUUUUGUUGUGGUCUUUGCAUAGAAAAGCAAAAAUCACUGUUGUAUUAAGAAAUGAAGGAAGCAAAUAAUUUAUGCUUACUUGUUUCCUUUUGUGGUAAGCACUAAAGUGCAGAUAAAUUUGCUUCUUUGGUUGACUGGUGUGCCUUAGCCGGCUAUGUUUACUAUUUGUAUUCUACUUUAAUUUAUCAGAAAUGCACACUUGUAUGUACCUAUUUAUAAUUGUAAGUUCAACAACAAAAUGGAGUUCUACAUUUGCCUGAACUGACUUCUUACAACAUUCUAAACACUGAAUUAAACGUGAUUCGAAGUUUAA